GAAGCAGGAAGAGCCGUACAGCUGUGGCUAAGUGGCUAACAGUUGCUAUCCAGCUAAACCCUAACGGCGAAAAACAACAUCGGUUGACCAAAUAUCUCGCCUCGUCAGCUACCCGGAGACUUUAGAUCUAAUAUGGGAAAAGGUGGCGGUACAUUCGAGAGGCUUUUGGAUAAAGCUACCAGUCAGCUGCUCCUGGAAACAGACUGGGAAUCCAUCUUACAGAUCUGUGAUCUCAUUCGACAAGGAGACACACAAGCCAAAUAUGCUAUUGGGGCCAUUAAGAAAAAGUUGAAUGACAAAAAUCCACAUGUGGCCCUUUAUGGUCUUGAGGUCCUGGAGUCGGUAGUGAAAAACUGUGGCCAAACGGUCCACGAUGAGGUGGCCAGUAAACAAACAAUGGAGGAACUGAAGGAUCUGCUCAAGCAGACGGAGCCUAACGUCAGAAAUAAGAUUUUGUACCUGAUUCAGGCCUGGGCCCACGCUUUCCGCAACGAGCCCAAGUACAAGGUGGUUCAAGACACUUACCAAAUAAUGAAGGUGGAGGGUCAUGUGUUCCCUGAGUUUAAGGAGAGUGAUGCGAUGUUUGCAGCUGAGAGAGCUCCAGACUGGGUUGAUGCUGAGGAGUGCCACCGGUGCAGAGUUCAGUUUGGUGUUAUGACAAGAAAGCACCAUUGCCGAGCCUGCGGCCAGAUUUUCUGUGGCAAGUGCUCGUCUAAGUACUCCACCAUUCCAAAGUUUGGCAUUGAGAAGGAAGUGCGUGUCUGUGAGCCCUGCUUUGAGCUACUAAACAACCACCCCUCCCUCUCUCCCCCACCUAGGAAAGCCGAGGGGAAGUCCUCAUCUGCAGGCCCUGCCGAGCUGCCUCCGGAGUACCUGACCAGCCCGCUCUCCCAGCAGUCUCAGAUGCCUCCCAAGAGAGAUGAGGCUGCACUGCAGGAGGAGGAGGAGCUACAGCUGGCCAUCGCCCUGUCCCAAAGUGAGGCUGAGGAGAAGGAGAGGAUGAGGCAGAAGAACUCAUAUUCAGUGUAUCCCAAAGCGGAGCCCACUCCAGUGACUUCUUCAGCACCACCAGUCAGCACCCUAUACUCUUCCCCUGUGAACUCUUCUGCUCCAUCAGCUGAAGAUGUGGACCCAGAGCUGGCCCGUUACCUGAACAGAACAUACUGGGAGAAAAAACAGGAAGAGGCUCGCAAGAGUCCCACCCCCUCUGCCCCUGCCCCAGUGUCAUUGGCUGAGCCCCUGCCAUCGAUCACUCAGCCUGUGGAGAGCCACGUUCCUGUCCAGCCAGUUAACAUCGUGGAGCAACCAUACCAGAACGGGGAGUCAGAGGAGAACCAUGAGCAGUUCCUGAAGGCUCUCCAGAACGCAGUCACCACCUUCCUCAAUCGCAUGAAGAGCAACCACAUGCGUGGGCGCAGCAUCACCAAUGACAGUGCCGUGCUCUCCCUCUUCCAGUCCAUUAACAACAUGCAUCCACAGCUGCUGGACAUCCUCAACCAGCUGGAUGAGAGGAGAUUGUACUAUGAGGGGCUGCAGGACAAGUUGGCUCAGGUGCGUGAUGCUCGGGCAGCCCUAAACGCCCUUCGCGACGAACACAGGGAGAAACUUCGCCGUGCUGCGGAAGAAGCAGAGAGACAGAGGCAGAUCCAGUUGGCACAAAAACUGGAGAUCAUGAGGCAGAAGAAACAGGAGUACUUGGAGAUGCAGAGACAGCUGGCCAUCCAGCGCCUGCAGGAGCAAGAGAAGGAGAGACAGAUGCGCCUGGAGCAGCAGAAACACACAAUUCAGAUGAGGGCCCAAAUGCCUGCUUUCUCUCUGCCCUAUGCUCAGAUGCAGUCUUUGCCCCCCAACGUGGCAGGAGGGGUGGUGUACCAGCCCGGUGCUCCGCCCAGCUACCCAGGCACCUUUAGCCCCGCCGGCUCUGUGGAGGGCUCGCCUAUGCACAACGUCUAUAUGAACCAGCCGGGGCAGACUGCACCUGGGCAGUACCAGGCAAUGCCCGUCUCUGCCACAGAUCCCAAUAUGGUUAAUGCAUACAUGUACCAGACUGCAGGCACCAAUGGGCAGCAGCCUCCACCUCCCGGCCAGGCCCCUCCCACCACUAGUCCAGCCUACUCCAACUACCAGCCCACACCCACACAGGGCUACCAGAAUGUGGUCACCCAGGCCCAGAGUAUGCCCCCCAUGUCCCAGGCAGCCCCCACUAACGGUAUGGGCUACAUGGGCUACCAGCCCUACAACAUGCAGAACAUGAUGUCAGCAUUGCCCGGACAGGACCCCAACAUGCCCCCCCAACAGCCCUACAUGCCGGGCCAGCAGCCCAUGUACCAGCAGAUGGCUCCCCCUGGUGGCCCACAGCAGCAGGCACAGCAGCAGCCCCCUCAGGCCGCCCCAGGCAGCGUGGAGGCACAGCUCAUCUCCUUUGACUGAACGCUCACACAGCGCCAGAUCUAACACACUACUACAACCUCCCUCUCCCUCCUCCUGCUCUGGUCUCUCCCCUCUUUCCCUGGACUCUUAGGCUUCCCUCUGAAAACACACAAGGUCCCUCCUCCUCCUCCUCCUCCUCCUCGCUGUGAUGUGGCAAUGUGAGAAUAUUGUGAUAAUGUUACAGAACUGUUGCCCUCCCAGCCAGCCCCUUCCCUCUGAAACAGAACAUGGGAAUCGGGGAGUGAGGCGGCAAGGCCAUAUCCCAGAACAUCUCAACUUCCUUCAUCCUCUUUCCAUCUUGGUCCUCUGAUAUGUAUGUAGUAUUUCCUUAUUAAACAAAUUACUGAAGCUCAAAAAUAGUGCGUGGUAUUAGAGUUAAAAAUGAGUAAGAAAAUAUACAAAUUGAGGUUAAAAAAAAAGAAGAAAAAGACAAGACGUAACCAUCCUUUGUCUCAUAUUUUUCUAAAGCAAAAUUUGCAUGUGUUAAAUUGUAAUUAUUUUCUUGAAUGGAAGUGAGCAUUGCGACUCAUCCUGUGAGUUUUGGUGGUGACUGAGCGUCAUCUGUAUGUGCUGUUUAAAAGAUUGUGGGUGUGUGGAUAAAGUGUGACCUCUGGGAAGAGAGAAAGCACACAGUCAGAUGCCUCACAUGGGACGCACUAACCUUAAUCUCUAUCUGGUUCACAAUUCGACAUUCCAAUUGUAGUUCUCUAUUCUGAUCCCUCACACACAUACACACACACACACACACACACACACAUACACACACAGGCAGAGUAGGGUAAUCUCUUGUUGACAUUUUUUGAUGUACACUGCUUGAAACAUUGGGUGAAUAAGUUCUGAACUGACAAAACAGAUUGCAGGGAUAUUACAUUUUGGCAGGGGUGUUAUAAAGAUAGCUGGACAGUCAUAUAAUCCUCACUGAAUAUACUUAAAUAGGUUAUAGAUAAAGUAAAGCAAGUAGUGACAGUAUAUAGAUACUAAAUCUACAAUUCACUACAUCCAGCAACUUUAAUGGCAUCCCCUCCCCCAUUAUUGAAAUGACUUGCAUCGCCUAACAUGAUGAACUGUCAUGACAAGACUUAAGUCUGCUGAUGGCAAAUGAAGAGCCUUUACCUUUAAUUAACUGCAAAAAAACCCCUGCAGGUGCCCAAUCCUCUGUGCAUUUGGUUCUUAAGGUUAUCUACAGACUAAGUGCAGGUGGUUGCUUUUUUUCGAAAGUGUGCUGGACUUUCUUUAGAAAACGCUUGGCAGAAUGAACACGAUGUGCCGCAUGUAUGUAACAUAAAACCCAAUCAGUGACUUCUGUAACCCUGAAAUUGCCAUUUGUGUACUUCUUUAUUCCAUCAUACUGAUCUGUCUGACUUUAAAGUAAUUUUAAGAUUAUAUUUAAUAAAUAUCUGGUUCUUAUUGUCCA